UUGAUAGCACAAGGUAGCGAGGAUAAACGUGAACGCAAAUAUGCCUCAGAUAUCUUACCUCUACGAAGUCAAGGAAAUUUCCUACUUUGCUCGAUUGUAUUUGGUAAUACGAUGUGCAAUAUUAUUGUCACACUGCUCAUCAGUGAUUUGUGUGAAAGCAUCGAGAACUAUUACGCCAAUGUAUGCCAAUUGACAACUACAAAUCGUUAA